AUGGCAGUUUGGGACAAAAACACUCUGUGGGGUCUCCUGUUCCUGCUGGCAGGUGCUGUGGGUCAAACUGUGAUCUAUCCUCUCACGUCUACCUGUGCUGUCAGAGGAUCCACUGUCACCCUCCCCUGCAUCUUCACACCUCGGAAGUCUUUCAGUGACGGUGGGAAAGAAGUUCCUCUAAAGAUCGUCAGAGUCCGCUGGUGUAAGAACCAUGAGAUCUGUCAGGGCGGCACUCCGUCUGUGUUUGACAGUAACUCAGCAAACAGAGAUCCUCGUUAUCAAUAUCUGGGAGACAUGAAGACAAAAUGCACUUUACAGAUCAGAGAUGUUCAGCAGGGAGACAGCGCAACCUUUCGCUUCAGGAUGGAAGCUGAUCAUCCUGAAGGACAUUUUACUAACAGGACAGGAGUGACUGUCAGAGUUGAUGAUGGGUCUAAAAUGAGAAUAAUCAGCUCCAGUGAUGAUAAAAAGUUGAGCAGAGGUGAAACCGUCACACUGCUCUGUGCUUCAGUCUGCACUUUCCACCAACUGGAGGUCACCUGGUUCAAAGAUGGCCACGCCCUCUCAGAGACUGGCUCCUCCCUCCUUCUCAUCCCUCUGACUGCAGAGGAUUCUGGGAACUACACCUGUGCUCUGAAGGCCAACAUGGAGACUGUCUCUGAGCCGUACAGCCUGCAGGUGGAGGCAGGAAACCUGAACGAACUCACAGUCGUCCGUCUGGUUCUGUUCAGCGCUCACAUGCUGCUCAUCGUCACUGUGGCCUCAGUAAUAAUCAAAAGGACGUGUUGUUUGCAGCACAGGAGCAGGUCAGCAGCAGAAAGCUAAGAGACAUCUGGAAGCUCAGGUGAGUCACAUGAUUAUAUAAAUGAUCUGUCAAAGGUAUCAGGAAGCACACGAGGUCUGUGAGUGAGUCUGACUCUAAAUCUGGUUCUUCUAGUUUUAAAUAAGAAAACAUUUUCAAACCUGAUGAAACUCUGACCCAGAUAUUAAGACUGUUGAAGCAGACGUUUACAGGUGUUCACAAAGGUCCCGCCCACCUGUGAAAAUCACUUGAUAUCGCUGAAGAGAUUUCUCCCUGCAGGCUGGAGCUGUGUCUCCCCCUUCUGGCAGUGAGAGUAAUUACACAAACACUGUCAGUGCUGAGGAUGAGAAGAAGUCACAGCAACGGUCACGGAUGGCUUUCUCUGUCAGACUGUAAUCCUUCCUCUGAGCACUGAGUCUCUUUUUAUCUGAAUCAUCACAAACUUUUCUCUGCUUGCAUCACUCGUCAUGAUUUGGAGUUUGAGCCUGUUUAUCAGCACCGACCUGUCUGCUGCUGUCUUCUUCUCUUCCUCGUUAUCUCAUCGCUGCUGUUUGAACUCUGCUUCCUGUUGUAGCCUCCAGAUGUCACUGAGGAGCCGAGGACCAACGAAGAAGAACGUGGCCGGCGAGCGUGACGGCAUCGUCACCUGUAACAUGUCUGCUUUAUUACCCAUAAUGCUCACCGUGGCGGUUCAGACUCCACGGUCACACUCUGAGCCGUUUAAGGUGGCGUUUAAAAUGAGUCCAACACAAGUGCAGCUGUUCAUGAUCCGUCUGCAAUCAGCGAGUCUUAACAUCAAGGCCACAAAGAUCAAACAUGUGUUAGUGUGUUUGGAGCCGUUUCAGCUUUCCUUUUGCUUCUUGCUUUAGUUUCCGCUGUGAGAAACACCGAGUCUAUUUUUAUUCAAACACGUGGACAUAUUCUUUCUAUUUCUGUGACUGUUAAAACGAUUCAGUGUUUCUUUGCACUGCUGCGACUUAUUAAAGCAAUGAGAGCCUGACUGUUUCAGAGUGCUUGGACAGAAAAUGUCAUGGUUCAGCUGUGUGGUUGGCAAGAAGUGGACCCAAAUCAUCCAACAGGGAACAUCAGACCUGUCCACGACAGUCAGUGAUACACAUGCACAGCAGCACAGUGCAAGGGGAACCAGGGAUUGAACCACCAACCCUGGCAGGGAUAACGAGCUGCUCCACAGCUGACGUUUGAUCAGGUGCAGCCCUAAAGACGAUUGCGACUCUCACGCUGACCCUCUGAGUGCAAAGGUAACAACAAUACGGUGAGCUAACCAGCAGGUACAGGUGCACUGCUGACAUCACAGCUAAACACACUCGGAUUGAUUCUCUGGCUCCAAGUUUGAGUCCGGGACAAAGUCUGUCUGAUAAAAUUGUUUAGGUGUUCGUUCUUACAGGACGAGCAUUACAGCGAAUCGAGAUCAUCGGCGUCUUUAACAGGAACAGGAAAACCUGAGAUCACACCUCGGAUAUGGAUCAGGUCCAAAGUGGGAAACAAAAAUCAAAUAAAAAGAUGAAAUGGGUACAAAUGGUAACGGUUAAAAAGCUUUAGAGAUGAAAAUAAUUACAAUAAGAUGGAAUUUAAAACUGCAAACAAUGAAGUAAGUCCACGUCCAAUAUUUCUCUCAUCUUGGUUUUUAUGUGUUUGUUCAUCUGUGAUUCUAUCACUGAGCCCAGGAUGGAUUCCAAGAUGAAGAGGAAA